UAUUUAAUAAUUAAAAUUCAACAACUAUACAGUGGAAUAAAAACGAACGUUGUAAAAAGAUAAAUUAUAAAUUAAAUCGAGAUUAAAGUUAAUCUCUAAUCUCGAUUUAACUUACAAUUUAUCUUUUUACAAUGCCCGUUAGUUAAUCUCUUAUAUAUUUGUGGAACCGAGCCUAAUAAAAGAAAGAUAAUAAAACAUCAAUUGAAUCGAAAUUGAAAUAAAUCUACAUUAACAGAAAUCGAGUAUUUACAAUGCCCGGUACUUAAUCUCUUAUAUAUUUGUGGCCUAAUAAAAGAAAGAUAAUAAAGCGUCAGUUGAAUCGAAAUUGAAGUAAAUCUACAUUAACAGAAACCGAAUAGAGUACGAGUCGAGACUGUCGAGAGUUCCUACGGUGGGUCCCCGCCAUCGCGAAACGGUCGUCAGCGAGUCGGUUCAGUCAGUCGAGUCAGUACGUACUGGUCGCUCGGCCGGUUCGGUUCGCGUGUGAAUCGGUGUGAACGUGCAGCGGCUACGGGAACCAGCAGCUGCCGCUCUGCGCCGCUCUCGCGAACCGAGUGGCGAGUCGGAGUCGGUUGACGUUUCGCCCCGUGAGAAACCCGUUGUCGAGUCUGCGCGUGUGUGCGGCGUGCGUUCGGUAUGCGGGCAGCCCCGUUGGCUGGCUGGCUGGCUGGUUAGUCGGUCGGUUGGUUGCUUGGUUGGCUGGUUGUUGGUUCAAGCAUCCUCUCACGUGCGCGCGUAUCUCCCGCGCGCGCAUCUCACGAAUCCCGUGAGUGUGUGUUUUACGUUUGCGUGCGCAUGUAUGUGUGUGUGUGAUGUGUAAGUGUAUGUGUAUGUGAUGUGAGUUUGAAAAUUUGAAAAGAGAGACGUGUGCGCGAGUGCUGCCUACAGAUAGUCGUGAAAAGAAAAAAAGCAAGAAGAGGAGCUCUGUCAUCGUAAAGAAGUCGGAUAAGGAUUUUUCUAUCUUUUCACGGAAGGAUUUACGUGCGAUCUCGUCUUCUUUUCUUCUUCGUCGUCGGCGUCGGCGUCGUCGUCGUCGUCGUCGUCGUCGUCGUCGUCGUCGAAAACGACGGUAUAGCCUGUCGGAAUAUGGCACGAGAGGCACCGCCGGCACCAUCUCGGAAGCCAUGCCUGCUGACGAGUUCGUGCGUAUCCAACGAGAAGACGGUGGUAGAAAACCAAGCUUGCAGCCGCCUUAACGCACUGAUCGACUGAUUGCGUCGUCGUUGAUAAAGAAGGAGAAAGAGAAAGACGAAGACCUUUCGAUCGACCUAAUCAUGCCCUUAGCGAACUCGCUCCACUGCCCGUUGUCGUUGUAUAGUUCCACGCUGUGAACCCGAUAUGUGAGAGUCGCCGCCGCCGUCUGGUGGAUGCCAUCGCCAUGGUGGAGCAACUGGUGUGCAGCAAUUCGCUGAGUCCGGGAACGUAACGUUCAAACGAGCCUCAAGUUCAUGCAUAUUCCUUCUAUCUUUAAGGAAUUAAUUCCAAUCGGGACGAACGAAAGGUGACUCCGGCUAGAAAACUAACAAAUGACCUUUAUGUAUUUAGAAUAAAGAAGAUCCGAAUUUAAAGAGCGAUUAAUUUUACUACGAGUUUCAAGAAAGCAAAAAUGAAAUUAGAAUUUAAAAUCGAUGAAUUGCACAUCAAUUCACAGACUUAGUGUAGCUUCGAAGUUUAGAAAUUUAAUCAUUUAUACAAAACAUUUCGCGUAGUGUGAAAAGAGAAGUGAUAUUGUUCAUCACGAAGAAUCUAAACUGAAGAGAAUUGAAUUAAACGUGUUAUAUGUUUAUGUGAUUUGGAAACUCUUUUGAUAGACAAUUAGUUUUCAUCGUGAGACAUUCAACGUGAUGAAGAAAAAAAGUGACAUCCUGUAAUAUGACGAAUUUAGUAUGAAGAAGAUGAAAGUUAACAUCAACGUGCUAUGACACGGUGGAUUUGGUGCAAUUCAGUAUUCCGUUCCGUCACGAGAUCGCCAUGUAAGGAUUACAGCAUCAGGAGAAAAGAGAAGAAGCCUCACUCCGCGUGACACCAGUGUGUCGAGUAAUGCUGAAACACAUCCUGACGGGGCAGCCGUCGUCAACGGGCUCCAGGCAUCAUCACAAUGAUUAUCAGACGAGCUCGGGCUCGUUGCACGGCGGGCACCACCAUCACCACUUACACAACAGCUCGCUGCACCAGGAUCAGCAACAGCAGCAACAGCCGCAGUCGCAGCAACAACCGCAGCAGCAACAGCACCAUCAUCAUCAUCACUACACCGGAAGCACCGGGACACGCAGUGGUGUCACCGGGCAUCGCGGUAACAAUAGCGGAAUCGACGUGUACGAUUCCGUGGCGAGACCGACGGCGACGACGGUGUCGAACGCGCAUCAAUCGGCGACGACUCCUUCAUCGACACAUCGGCAUCCGCUGAACCAUUCUCAGCUGAGCGUGAACAAUUUGUCACAACGCCUGAACCAUUCGCACGCGCUUAACGUAUCAACUCUGUCAACCUCUAAGCAUUCGGUUAACAGCGUUAGUCCGGUCGGCGGCGUCCAUGGUAAUAAUGGUGGCGGUAACAACAAUAAUAAUCAUAACGUCUCAGCAAGUCAGUUGGGCCACACCGUAAUCUCGCAAACGAAUGUCUCGCAUCAGGAGAGGCCAAAAGCGAACGGCGGCUUCGAUAUCUCCAGGCUGUCGCGAUUGCCGAGUCAGACUACACCGUCACCCGCGCCUGCCACAUCUGCACUUCCUGUCGUAGCCAGCCAAGUAGCUGGUGGGCCGACGGUGAUACCCCUCAAUGCCUCCUGGUCUUCGUCCCUAUCCAGGAAUCUCCAUCGGAGUGAUGCGGCUGGCGUGAAGGAGAUGCUAACGAGCCUUGGACUGCUCUGUCUGGUAUCCCUACUUUUAGCUCUCCUCUCGGUCAUCUUCCUACUGAAGAUCUCGCCGCUCACUGUCACGUCUAACAGCCUUAUCAGCCCGGAGGAAUUUGUGAUCGUCUACGAGGUCACCUUGGCGUUAUGCGCCCUCGCCCUGUCCCUCAAUCUCUGUUGCCUGCUGGUCUGCGCUAUACAGUUCCUUUUCGCGGUGAAGCUCGUCAAGACCUCGUAUCAGGGUCACCGGAGUAACAAGUACCUGCAAAAAUCGUCCAUCAGCCGCGUGUGCGCCGUCGGAGGUUUUUUCAUUAGUAUCCCUGUCUUCUUAACUGGUAUGAUUUUGUACACAUUCAUCCAGUUCCAUUCGACCCCGGCGAUCGUCACGUCGGUCUUCAUCGGCCUUGGCAUUGUUUUUUGCGGAUGCGCUAUGGUUCACAACGUCUUCGUAUGGCAGAAAGAGAAGACGAAUGCGGUAAAAGCGUUUGCCCGCGAGCAAUGCGAGGUUGCGGCACAGCUACAGCGUCAACAGCAGCAGUUGCAGCUGCAUCAGCAGCAGCCGCAUCAGCAGGUACACUCGCAGCAUCAACAGCACCAGCAUCAACAGCAGCAUCACCAUCACCACCAUCAGCAGCUGCAACUGCGACCGACGCUGCAUAUGGGUUCGAAACUCGGUAGCGGCAGUGGCGGUCCAAUGAGCCAUUCGACCGUCAGUCUGGCCCAACUUAGUCGCGGCCUUCACCAUUCUUAUCAGCAUCAUCCUCAUCAGCAUCAUUCCCAUCAGCAACGGCACGUGUCCUCCAUGUCGCCACCGUUAUUACUGUCAUCGCCGCAUGCCGCAUCACAGCAUAACCAUUUGACGUAUCGUGGUGGUAUCGCCGCCGCCGCUGCCGCCGCUGCUGCCGCUGUCGCCGUCACCGCCACACCAUCAACGACACCCGGCGACCGGUCGCCACCAAGUCCCAACGGUGGUGGCGGCGGCAGCAGCAAGCUCAACAGGUCGCAGCACUUGCCGCGUGAAACCAGCGGCAGCGUGAGCCCCGGCCUGCCGGCGGCUACGCUCGAUCUGAGUAGUGCCGCUACUACCAACAGUCCGCACGAAUUGUCGACUCUUGUUUAAAGACCUUGAGGAAGUUAUGGGAGAAUAGACUUUCAGAAUCUAGAAUUUAUUUGGAGACGUAUUCUCUGAGCCUAGUAGAAAAAAAAUAUUAUCUCUCAUCAUCUUAAGUCGAUUUAUAAAGAAUAAAUAUAAAAUUAUUUAGAAACAAAUAUUAUUAUAUUUUUCAAACAGGUAUUGUCUAAAAAGAGGGGACCAAAAAUUAUCGAGGCUGUUGCUGAUUAUCCUUAUUGUUAUUAUUGUAUCAUGUUGUAAUGUUAUCGGCAUGUUAUCACGUUAUUAAUGUUAUCGUCAUCAUUACGACAUCGUCAUUUAGUGUUUAUCCUUUAUUUUGAUACAAUAUUC